AUGAAGAUUCUCAAACUCGUCAGUUUCAUUGGUCUGAUCGCUGCUGUGAAACGAAAUGUUGCAGCACAUUCGGUACAAACCUCCGCCUGGGAUAGUGAAACCCGACUCGAGAAUAUCAUUAUCCAUACCGCGUCUCAUGGAGUUGACGCCUACUCACACUUUGAUCUGUCCUUUGACCUUCCCGGGCAAGGAGCGCUGAGGCUGAACCUGGAGCCGAACCAUGAUAUCCUCGCACAAGAUUCCCGUGUCCAUUACAUCGGUACGGACGGCAUAGUUCGCAGGACGGAAGCCGUGAAUAAAGCCCAACACAAGGUGUUCAAAGGAGUCGUGUCUGCUCCGCACGUUGGUUCAGACGCAACUUGGAAUCAGGUUGGCUGGGCGCGGAUAUAUAUACACCGAGAUGGGGAUGAUCCCUUGUUUGACGGCAUUUUCGGCGUGGCCGGUAAGCAGUACCAGGUGACGAUAACAUCAGGAUCCGGGAAUACCAGCGAACCGCAGAUGGUUGUUCACUAUCACUCUUCAUAUCACACAUGGGACCAAUUGGCACCUCGGUCGCCGCAGUCCUCGGGGAAUCCCUUCAUCACAGACGACGAUUUACCAUGCCCUAGCACCAGAAGAGUCGCCUUGGUAGGUAUCGCGACUGAUUGCACAUACUCGGCCUCGUUCACAUCCAGCGAUGAGCUCCGGCGAAACAUUAUCAACAUGGUGAAUACGGCUUCAGAAGUCUACGAGCGGACCUUCAACAUCUCCCUCGCGCUCCACGACCUGACCAUUAGCGAUCGAGAUUGCCCGAGCAGUCCGUCCAGUUCAACGUCGUGGAAUGCCGACUGCUCGGCAGGAGAUCUAAACUGGAGACUGAGUCGAUUCACCUCCUGGCGCGGUUCCCUCAACGAUGACAAUGCGUACUGGACGUUGAUGACCGGGUGUCCGUCGGGUCAGGAGGUCGGUGUCUCUUGGCUCGGUCAAUUGUGUACUGCCAACCGGGGCCGGCAAAGCGCAAGUGGUGCGAAUGUGGUGGCACGCACUCGCAGUGAAUGGCAGGUUUUUGCCCACGAGUCAGGCCACACCUUUGGAGCCGUCCAUGAUUGUGAUUCAACGCAGUGUGCUUCCGCCCAGAGUCAGUGCUGCCCAUUGUCCUCCUCCACCUGCGACGCAAAUGGCCAAUACAUCAUGAACCCGGUCUCCUCGGCCUCGCAGACAGCAUUCUCUCCAUGCAGCAUCCGGAAUAUCUGCUCGCAACUCAGUUCUGGGCGUGUCAGUACCCGCUGCCUGGUCAGCAACAGCAAUAUAACCACCAUUACAGACGGGCAGUGCGGGAAUGGCAUUGUGGAAGUUGGCGAGGAAUGCGACUGCGGCGCCACCUGCGAUCAGAACAGUUGCUGUGAUGGAUCGACCUGCCGGUUGCGAGCGGGGGCUCUCUGCGACGAUGCCGCGAGUCCGUGCUGUACCAACUGCCAGUUUGCUUCGGCGGAUACAGUUUGUCGUCCGAGCACCGGUCCAUGCGAUGUUGAGGAGAUGUGUACCGGCAAUUCGACCAUAUGUCCCGCGGAUCAGGUUUUGUCGGGUGGACAACGCUGCGGGGAUGAUGAGGGGGGAUCCCGUACCCCGUCAUGUUCCAACGGACAAUGCAGAGGAAAUGAGACCUCAUGGGUGGACAGUCAUCGAUCACUCAUCAUUGGUCUCGCUGCUGGGAUUGGCGGUGCGCUGGUCCUUGCCAUCUUGGGUUGCAUGAUCUGCAGCUGUUGUCGCCGGCCGUCGAAGAAGGCAUCGCCAGCUGUGCCAGUGGUAUCGCAGGUCUACCCUCCGCCGCCUCCCUAUCGUUACAGUUAG